GAAAUACGGAAAUGACUCUUGAAGUAACAUAUCGGAUGGACUGUAGGUGUUUCGCCGUAUCAACGAGGAAGAACUAAAAUGUAUAUAAUCAUAUUAAGUUUUAGUCAAAUGAUUCGUCGCAUCAGUCUCAACUAGGUUAAAAGAAACACAACAAAAUGAAUCGUUCAGAAGAGGAGAUUUUAAAUGCAUGGAAUUUGGAAGAAGCCUAUAAAUACAUUGUGCAUGACGUUUUCCUGAUUAUUUAUUUCAUUGUUGGAGUAUUUGGGAAUGUAGUGGUUCUGAUUGUAUAUCAAGUAAAGCUUAGGAAGGAAAGUGACAGUAGAUAUUUCAUUCCCAUCUUAGCAUUGGUCGAUCUUUUGGCAACUAUUUUGAGAGUGCCAUUCGAGCUUUGGAGAACAUUACUUCCUGUCAAUUUUCGAGACAUCAAUGCGUGUCGUUAUCUAUGGUUUGUUGUAAAUAUAUUUACCUUCGCUUCUAUAUACUUUCUCGGCAUUAUAACUUUACAGAGAUAUUUGAAAGUAUGCCGACCAUUUGGACCGCAGCUUACUCUACGAUGGCGUCGCGCAUCUCUUGUGUUUAUAUUCCUUCUAGCCACUGGUACUGGCGCACCAUUUGUCAUUUGGGAUGAAAUCUUACCCAUACCUAAUCCUGCAUUGAAUGUCACAGGAUAUAUAUGUGGCGCAGACGUGUUUGAAGUAAACGAAAACAGUGAUUCUAUCCUAGGUUUUAUCUUUUUCAUAUCUUUCGUUAUAACAUCUGUUAUGCUCGAACUUAUAAUUUUGAAUUCCCUAAUAGCUAGGAAAAUUUACACUAUCAUUCGGAAUACAAACGCAAGAAGAAACUCGACGAAGCCGGCGAGAUCAAAUGUAUCGAAAGAAAUAUCUGGAUCAACAUUUUACGUCGCUCAGGAUGGAACUAGUAUUACCGAGGCAAAUUCAACAGAUUUUUCACUCACUAACAAUGAACAAGAAAUACGCAAAGAAAAAGUGGUGGUUCCUCUGUCAAAUUAUUCGAAACCAAUAAAGUCAACAUCUGAAAAUCAAGAGCCAGCAUCCUCAAGAAAGUUUUCGUAUAUGUUUAUGGUUAUAAGCUUGGCGUUCAUACUGUCAUACUUACCACAAAUAUUUUUACUUUUCUCGUUGAUCAAGGAUCGUUAUUUUUGGAUCAAAAUUAGCCAGACAGAGACCAUUGUGUUCAAAUUUAUAGAUCACAUGACUACUGUUAACAAUAUUGUUAACCCGUAUGUUUACGGAUUCUUUGAUCAGAAAUUUAGAGCGUCAGCAAAAACGUUGUGUUGAUCGAAUAGGUAUACUGAAGAUAUGAGGAAAUAUACGCACUCCAUUAAAUAGGCUUCCCAUUUGGUUUAAUAUUAUGCCGAAAUCAGAACUAGACAAAAAACAGCUUUGUAUAUACUUGUGUGAAUUAGAUCCGAAAACCAUCAUUUGUUUGUCGAGAAAGGAAGGAUGCAAACUGUAUCGAGAUAGGAUAGAUUUUUUUAAUGUCAGAGAUAUUGGUAAUGAAUUUCUCUACAUCAUGUCAUGUAAAACUAUUAACAAAAAAAAUUAAAGCUUUACCACAUUAUUGGAUUAAAAAUGUUAAAAUCAUUUAAUGUAAUCCUUUAUUUUCAUCGGAAAAUGUUGUUGCGAUGGAAAACAUGCAUAGAAAGUGAGAGUCUGUCCUCCUGUUGAGGAAACCCUACUUUUUUGUUGUUAUCUAUUUCCACACAUUCAAAACAAAAUAUGUAUCAUAUAUGGUUUGUUAUUUUAUCUGUUACUAAGAAUAAACUAGUGUAUGAGAAUACAUUCAUUGAUUCAUUCGUUCGUGAAAUGUUUUACAAGAAAAGUUUAACAACAAUAAUUGAACUGUAGCGUUUUGAAGAUACUGAACAUUUUUACUUUAUUGAAUAAAUGUGUACGUAAUAUAUGUGUUCAUGCUUCAUAAUUUAUGCUUUGAGAAGAAUAAAUUUGUUUUCCCGUUUA